CUCCCUACGGGUGCCAUUGGCAUUUCUCCCCGUCUCUUCCACUCCCCUCCACUCCACCUAAGCAGCACACACGCCACUGAGUGUGCCCACCUCACCCGACCGAGAUCAUCUGGGAGGAACUUUGGGGUACUCUGCUGGCUCAUCCGCGUGCAAGCUCCUUUCAGCAUACACGCACAGUGUCGCCCUAUUAGGCGCUCGGCAGCUUCAGCAUACUCAUAUCGCUUACCUUAGGGGACGUACACGCACGCGACAAUGCCUCCGGCGCAGAGUCAGCCACUCGUUGGUCAUGCCGCCUCUUCUAGCAAAUCCCCAUCCUCUUCAGGCAACUCGGUGUUGAUAUGUCUUCUGCAUCUAGAUCUCAGGAUCGCUGACAACCCCUUGUGGCACUUUGCUCACUUGGACGCUCUGCAGAAGGGCGGCUACCGUAGUCCUCACGCUCCACGACCCUCGGAUCUGUCGUCCAAAGCCACCCACCUCUUGCCCGUCUUUGUCUUUGACGAGCGCGAGUACGAACUUUCUGGACUCCCCGACUACCAGCGCAAGGGUCCAGAGGCAAGGACAAAGGUAUAUGGCUUCUGGAAGACCGGAGCCUUUCGCACACGUUUUGCCGCCGAGUCUGUCUAUGACCUUCGGAGUCGCCUACGAGAGCGUGGCAGCGACCUCUGCGUCCGCUUUGGCAUCGUCGAGGACGUAGUCGCAAACCUAAUCAAGGCUUUCCAGGACGAAGGGACCGAGGUCGAAGCUGUUUGGAUGGAGAAGGAAUUCACGUCUGACGAGAGGAGGAUUCAGAGAGUCGUAGAGGAGCGCGUCAAAGCAUUGAACACUCCACUGCACUAUGUCUUUGGCAAAACCUUGAUUCAUCCCGAGGACCUGCCAUUCGACAUUCAGGACACCCCGGACGUAUUCACGCCUUUUAGAAAGAAGGUCGAAGUUCUGGGUGAGAACAUGGUUCGACCCAUGUACACCAGCCCGGAAAAGUUCAAGCCUUUCCCGACCCAGCUGCCUCAGACAUCAGAUUACUCGCUCGAUGUCUCUUACGAGGUUGACGUGGAUGGCCUCUCAACCCGUACCCUCGAGAACGCAAGCAUCGUACCUGGACAGGUCUCCUUCUAUGAGAUUCUCGGCUAUCUUCUGCUGCCUCUGAAAGAUCCCAAUUUUCCACCGACCCUCGAGGGCAGCGAGCUGAUACAGCGCCGCCACCAUGCCUCUGCCUUUCCCUUCCGUGGAGGCGAGUCGUCUGCCCUCGACCGUCUCGAUUGGUACUUCGUUCGGGGCAAGUCGGCUCAGAGUUCUAGUUGGGGCAAGGAUGAUCCGCCUCCUGUCGCUCGAUACAAGCAGACACGCAACAAUCUCCUUGGGCAUGGCUACAGCACCAAGAUGUCCCCCUUUCUAGCUUACGGCAGCAUCAGCGCAAGGCAGAUCUGGGAAGUACUCGGGCAUCACGAGUCGAUCUUUGGUGAGGAUCAGAACAUCUAUUGGGUCAAAUUCGAGAUGCUGUGGCGUGACUACUUCCACUUCGUCUCCGAAAAGUUCGGCGAUCUGUUGUACCACAUGGGCGGUUUCGAAUUGGCCACCGACCCGCCACAGGCCAACAAGAAAUUGAACGGCUAUUGGAAAGAGUACGACCCUGCCACCGCACCUCCGUCCCACGAGAUGACGCGUCUGCUAGAGGGCAGAACGGGAAUCCCGUUCAUCGACGCCAACAUUCGGGAGCUUCGUGAGACGGGCUUCCUCAGCAACAGAGGGCGCCAGAAUCUAGCCAGCUAUCUGGCUCAUGAUCUGACCUAUGAUUGGCGGGUGGGCGCAGAGUUGUUCGAGAGCUACCUGAUCGACUCCGCUGCAAGCUCUGUCAACUUGGGCAACUGGCAGUAUGUCUCUGGAGUCGGCAAUGAUCCCCGAGCUAGCCGUCGCUUCAACAUCAUCAAGCAGGCCAAAGACUAUGAUAGCCAUGGCGAGUAUGUCAAAACGUGGCUCCCAUCGCUGCGAGGCUUGCCCACCGACUUGGUUCACACACCUUGGUUGCUCGACGCCGAUGAGCGGCGCCGCUAUGCUCUGAAAACUUCAGAGACAGCAGUGACAAUGGAGUCGUAUCCUGCUCGUCCUCUUACGGAGGACGAAGGCUGGAGUAAGCACUACGACCGAAGGGCAGGUGAAGGCUCUCGAAUGCACGGCAAUCCGCAGGAGAAGAUCAAAGAUGGCAAGAUCGGUCGGGGUAAGAGGAAUACUACAUCUAAUAGAGAUAGAGAUGCUUUCGACGGACCCCCUCGUGGUGACUACACCCUCGCUUCCCGUUCGGCGCCUCCAGUCAGAUCGGCUUAUCGCAGUGGACCACCCCUCCACCCAUCUCGCGGAGCUCCUGCAGUGAACAAAUCUGCGACGCCCAUCGAAAGAAGAGGUAGUGGUGGAAGCAGCACCGGUGGGGGCAGUGGAAGUACUAGCAGUAGCGAAGGUCCGAAUGCUUCCCGACCUCCUGCUUCUGGCGCAGCUUGGCGCAACAGCAACAGCAACAGCAACGCCAGUGGCAAUGUAUCUGGCAACGGCAACAGCAACGACAAUAGUCAGAAGACCACACAACGCGGAACUCUCGACCGUCUCGUCGCACCCUUCAGAGGGACAGGGUCGAAUUCGCCCCACCGCAUGGGCGGAGGACGUCCUAGAGACGGCAACAGUAGCACGACGUACAGCUCCGGAGAAGGAAGCGGACGCGAGUCGGGCUAUGCUGGUCGAGCACGGAGCAAGGCCGAGGAGGCCACGUCUUGGCGCAAGGGUGGCUGAGGUGGAAGGACUGCUGCGGGACGGAUAUACGGGAUGAAGGAGGGGUGUCCGGUGUUUCCUACAUACAUAUGCCUCAUGUCAAUUUUUUCACUGCCGCAUGCUAUUGCUCAGCACUUUCAAUUGCCAAGUCAUUGUCAGUCUCGCAUUGUACACAGUGUACACACCAAGC